AAGCCCCAGUAAUGGCGGCGGAGGCCUCCGAUUCAGACCGGACUAGGCCUGAAACGGCCCGCGAUGCUGCCGAGAGAGUCCCGACGUUACAGUACAGCCUCCUGCUGGAGCACUUGGUGGGCGACAAGCGCGGGCCGAGGCAGGCUCGAGCCUUCGACCCGGCCUCCCUCGGCGGCUUCCCGGCCCCGGCUAAGAGCGACGAGCAGAAGAUGGUCGAGCGAGUUAUGGAGAGCUGCGGCUUCAAGGCGGUGCUGGCCUGCGUCGGAGGGUUUGUGUUGGGUGGUGCCUUUGGCAUUUUCACAGCUGGCAUUGACACCAAUGUUGGGUUCGACCCCAAGGAUCCAUACCGCACACCGACGGCCAGGGAAGUUUUGAAAGACAUGGGCCAAAGAGGAAUAUCCUAUGCCAAGAACUUUGCCAUUGUAGGAGCCAUGUUUUCCUGUACUGAAUGUCUAGUGGAGUCUUACCGAGGGAAAUCUGACUGGAAGAACAGCGUUAUGAGUGGGUGCAUUACUGGAGGAGCUAUUGGCUUCAGGGCUGGCGUAAAAGCAGGGAUGCUUGGCUGUGGGGGCUUUGCUGCAUUCUCUGCCGUGAUUGACUAUUACCUACGAUAGCAGCCAGAACCGGCAAGGAAGGACUUUCUGGGAUAAGGAGCACAGAACAGUUGGCACAAUUAGCUUUCCUCUUCCUAGCCAGCAGGAGAUACUUCUGUGCUCGGUUUCCUUAAAGGAGGACAUGUCUCUCCCUCACCUCAGCAUGGAGUCUGCAGACAGAGUCAGACCAAGUCAAGCAAUGAUCAGCCAUUGCUAGAGACAGAUGACUGUGAAUUCCAAAGGACACAGUCUAUUCUCUUAACUAGAUUCCCUCUGUGGGUGUGUUUGCUGUGGCAAGUCUGCUGCCUGCUUCAGAAGUAGACUUGUGGAAUCGUUACCACAUUAGACUCAAGAGAAACGUAAAGAUUUAAAUUAUUCCAGGCCAUGUUCAAGUUGUUGUGCAACAACCAAAUAAAAGAGGACACUCUUUCAA